ACUCAAGAUGAAUUCUCACAUAAUAUAACUAAUCCAUAUAAUUCAGAUUCACCGAAAUUCAUUCCAUUUCAACAGAAACAAAAAAAUUCAAAGUUUAUCGAAAAUAAAAAUGGUUUAUUUCAAUUCACCACAGAAUUUGGUAGACGACAAAUCAUACCACCAUGUCGAAGAAAAACUGUCACUGGGGUAAAUCUGCCCAAAAUACUUAACAUUGAACAUUCAACAGAAAUAAAACCUUCUUACACUAAAACACAACAGAAUAUGAAACAGCUGACAACACCUGAUUUAGGCAUAAAUAUGAUUCGAAGACAAUGUUCAAAUCUAUCAAAACCUCAAUCAAUCUCACAUUUAACAUUGAAUGAAGAUCAUUUCAAUUCUAUUCUGUUGAAUCAAAAUAAUAAUAAUAAUAACAAAAAUACGCAAUCAAGAUGGCGUCCAUGGAUUGCACAACAAGUUUUAUUGACACCUUCAACUAGUACAUGUAAUCUAGCUUCUUCAUCACAUUCUUCAAGCAUAAACAUACAAACCUCUUCUCCAACAUCCCCAAUUCAUACAACAAGCACAGUAAAUUGUUUAGAAGUUUUAGUUAUGAAUGAAGAGAUCAAUCAAUUACAAGCGUUAAAUUAUCCAAUUCGACCAAAUAUGACAGCUAGAGAAUUAAAUAAUUUGAUAGCAUUUCAAAUGAGAAUAUUUGAUUCGAAUGAUUUUGGAUUAUUUGUUUAUAUUAAUGGAACAGGUAAUCAAUCAAUUGUCAAUAGAAUCUUUAUUGUUAUUUUUAACGAAAAAAAAAUUACAUAA